GGCCAAGCUGUCCUCGGUGGGGAGCAUCUCAGAGGAGGAGACAUGCGAGAAGCUCAAGGGCCUGAUCCAGAGGCAGGUGCAGAUGUGCAAGCGGAACCUGGAGGUGAUGGACUCGGUGCGCCGUGGCGCGCAGCUCGCCAUCGAGGAGUGCCAGUACCAGUUCCGCAACCGGCGCUGGAACUGCUCCACACUCGACUCCCUGCCUGUCUUCGGCAAGGUGGUGACGCAAGGGACUCGGGAGGCGGCCUUCGUGUACGCCAUCUCUUCAGCAGGUGUGGCCUUCGCGGUGACGCGGGCGUGCAGCAGUGGGGAGCUGGAAAAGUGCGGCUGUGACCGGACAGUGCACGGGGUCAGCCCCCAGGGCUUCCAGUGGUCAGGAUGCUCGGACAACAUUGCCUAUGGCGUGGCCUUCUCACAGUCAUUUGUGGAUGUGCGGGAGAGAAGCAAGGGGGCCUCAUCCAGCCGGGCCCUCAUGAACCUCCACAACAAUGAGGCUGGCAGGAAGGCCAUCCUGACACACAUGCGGGUGGAGUGUAAGUGCCAUGGGGUAUCAGGCUCCUGCGAGGUCAAGACGUGCUGGCGAGCCGUGCCACCCUUCCGCCAAGUGGGCCAUGCACUGAAAGAGAAGUUCGAUGGUGCCACCGAGGUGGAGCCACGCCGUGUGGGCUCCUCCAGGGCGCUGGUGCCACGCAACGCACAGUUCAAGCCGCACACAGAUGAGGACCUGGUGUACUUGGAGCCCAGCCCAGAUUUCUGCGAGCAGGACAUGCGCAGCGGUGUGCUGGGCACCAGGGGCCGCACGUGCAACAAGACGUCCAAGGCCAUCGACGGCUGUGAGCUGCUGUGCUGUGGCCGCGGCUUCCACACAGCACAGGUGGAGCUGGCCGAGCGCUGCAGCUGCAAAUUCCACUGGUGCUGCUUCGUCAAGUGCCGGCAGUGCCAGCGGCUGGUGGAGCUGCACACGUGCCGGUGACUGCCGCCCCGCCCACGCCAGCAACCACCUAGUGGCCCGGGAAGGCCGAUAAUUUAAAGUCCCCCACCACCUACCCCAAAAGAUACUGGUUAUAUUUUUUUGUUUUGGUUUGGUUUUUGGGUCCUCAUGUUAUUUAUUACUGAAACCAGGCAGGCGACCCCAAGGGCACCAACUGGGGUCUCCCUGAAGCCUGGGCCUUUGUGGCUGCCACUGACCAAAGGGACCUUGCUCAUGCUUCCAGCUGUCCACAUGUGGCUGCUGCUGACCACUCAGUUGUUAUCUGUAUCCGUUUUUCUACUUGUAGACUUAAAGUGGGUAACAGGAGUGUUACAGACACGUGCCUACUGACCCUGCCAUUUAGGGAAAGAGGUGGCCCUAUGGCAGGGGGAAAUCGGUGCCAUUUUGCUGGAAGUUGCACCCCCACACAUACACAUGGCCCCCUGGCAGCUUCAGCCUGGUAGCCUUGUCUUUUCAAGCCCCCUGGAAAGGGAAUGGGCAGAUACCAGGUCAAGCGUAAAGGGUUAAUUUCAGCCCUCCAUGAGCAGCUAGAGGUUCAAUUUCUGUGGGACCUUCCAGGAAGGAAGAGCAGGUGAGAUGAGGGCAAGAGAAGGCUACAGUGCCACCCUAGAGCCUAUCCUGCCUGGAAAACCCCCUCAGAGAGGGAAAACCCCCACUCCUUGGUCCCUUCCAGGCAGGAGUAUAGCCUGCCAUCCUGGAUCAGAGAUCUCAGCAGGGCCUUUGCAGUGGCACCCCCCUGUGAGUCUCCUCACAGUGCUGCUCCUCCGUGGAACUGAGAAUGGAAAUCUCUCACACACAUAGAGAGCAAAGAGCCCUGUAAAAAAGCCCUCUCCCAACCAUUAUUUCCUUCAACCAAACUUACUGAGCAAAUACUACGUCUAGGCCCUGUACUGGGCCACCUCACUGGAUGAUCAGAAGACAGGGAUGCUCAUGCCCAUUUUACAGCAGAGAGGGCAGUGCCCAGCCGGUACCAGAGCAAACAAGAUGCAGAGCGAGAGCCACAAGAGCCAUCCAGCCAAGGCUCCUCCUGGGGUACUGCACCCAAAGGCCCAGAAACUGCAGGUCUUCUUGGGUCUGAGCUUUGGGGAAGGGGCUGUGGUUGGAGGAAGAGGGGCCGCAAGGCAGUUGGUGGCAUAGACCACAGGCUGAGCUAGAGUCCACAUGGUUCCUGAGGGCAGAGCAGGCUCUGAGGGACAAGGUGGACAGAUGUAAGGCACUACUGUCCCCGGGUACCACUGGUACUGACGAGUCCCCCCAAGACAGCACCAGCAGCCCGGGCCUGGCCCUGCAAUCCAGCCAAACCAUCAGAAGUCCAAUACAAACUUCUGAGAGCAAGACAAGCACACAGCAAGACCUAGCCUGACCCAACUGCUUCUAGGGUAGGCUCCCAACCACCAAAGGAAGUCGCUGCCAGCCCAGUCUCCAGGCUUCCCCCACAUUAGGGAUCUAGGCUCCUUGUUUGAGGUCUUGAGCUCUGGGAUCCCCAUUGGAGGUUCUCAGACCCCAAGCUCUUGGCUCCAGGGUUCAACAUCUGAAUCAAAGUUCCAGAUUCAGAAUAUAGGCUCUGGACUGUAGAAGCUCUCCAGGCCUUGUGGUUUGUGCCUCCUGAUGUUGGCUCCCUCAAGAAGAGGUCAACACUCUUGGCCUCCAGCCAAGCUCUCUGCUCAAUGUCCAUCCAAGAAGGCCAAAACCAAGCGAGAUGCUGGAGCCACAUUCACAUGUGGGGAUAAUCUUGGGGCAGGCAGGCUCUGAUGUGGAUGAAAGCUGAGCCGACUAUGUCCCCACAGCUGCCCAGCUGGGCUCGCUGCUCCUCUGGCGGGCUCUGGUCAGCUGUCUGCUCAGUGCCAGGGAAAAUACUAUCCCUCACUGGCAGAGGCCAGGCCCAGACAAAAGAAACAGUAGGGACCCCUCCUCCUCCAGAGAUAGGGCUGAGCCACUCUCCCCCACCCCUAAGUCCUAUCCCCAGAGCCAGAGGAAAAGUAGGUCCAGGCUGAAUGCUGGGCACUGCCCCAGGAAGAAGGGAGAGGGUCUGUGCCCAUUCACGGGCUUUGCCUUUCCACCUGCCAGGGGGCUCCUUAAAGCUGAUCCUCCUGGGGCUCUGAAGGGUGUACUUUGGUGAAGCUGACUAGGUUCUAAGAGCCUCUGCCCAGCCUGACCAUCACCAUCACCAGCACCCCGAAUGCCAAAGGGAUCCUCAGCCACAGGAAAAUGGAGCUUCCUUGGACACGCCCUCCUCCAAACUGUCCCAAAGAGGAAGAACCAGCACAGGCCUGACAUAGCCCACCCACUCUGGAAGCUGGCCAGAGGGUCCAAGUCCUGCCCCAAACCUUCACUAAACUUGCCACAGGCAAAGGUGAUGUCCUCCAAGGUCUCGGGCUGGAUGAGCCCCGGCUCUGGAUGCUGCUGCCCCUCUGCUGCCCCAUCCCAUCCUCCAAUUUUUAUACUAGGCUCCUUGCCAUUGUGACAUCCCCAUGAAAUAGUCUGAUGCACGAUAAAAUGAUUAUUUCUUUAU